GAUAGAAGAGCCAUUUCCUUUGUGAAGUGAAUUUUGCGAAUGAUUUUACGAAUAAUUGAUUAAAAAAUAAUUGAAAUAUAUUUAAAAUAAAAGCAUAUCAAAUAGCCGUUUUGAUAUAUUCAAAAAUGUGUAUAAAGUUUCAUAACUGAAAGUUGUGAGCGGAAUAGAAAGGAGCAUAAAAAUUAAGUAUUAUUUUGGGUGUUUAAUUGCUUGUGAAUGAAAUCAGUGUUCAUUAUUAUUUAAGGGAGAAUUGUAUUAUGUUUUAAAACAAAGUGACCCUACUCCCAUUCUGGGGAAUUAAACAAUUAAAAAACUAUCUCUAGAUCGCCUUGAAUCUUUGACAACAGAAAUCAUCCCAUUACAGCAAUGAGUAAUUAUCGUCACCAUGGAGGUGGCGGUGGUUACAGUGGUAUAGAAAUACGUAACAUGCAUCCACGCAUUUCGCAAAAUUUCACUUACGUUAGCUCGUGCGUUAAAUAUCUGAUAUUUAUGCUAAAUUUCAUAUUUUGGCUAUCGGGUGGUCUUUUGCUCGGUAUUGGCCUUUAUGCUUUUAUGGACAAAUGGGAAUCUACGGGUUGGGUUCGUCUGGAAACUUUUUACGAUGUAAUACUCAAUAUCUCUUUGGUAAUGAUGCUCACUGGAGUACUUAUAUCUAUGGUCAGUUUUGCUGGCUGCCUGGGUGCACUGCGUGAAAACACUUGCUUGCUUAAAUUUUACACUAUGUGCUUACUGAUGUUCUUCCUACUGGAGCUAGCUAUUGCCAUAAUGGGAUUUGUUUUCCCACACAAUAUGAAUUCUUUCCUUGAGGACAAAUUUACUGAUAAAAUUAUACAUUCGUAUAGAGAUGACCCAGAUUUGCAAAAUCUUAUCGAUUUUGCACAACUCGAAUUUAAGUGUUGUGGACUGAGCAAUUCUGGAUAUCAAGACUGGAGCAAGAAUGAGUAUUUCAAUUGCUCAUCACCAUCCGUGGAACGCUGUGGGGUCCCAUACAGUUGCUGCAUUAAUGCAACUGAUAUUAGUUCGGGCUUGGUUAAUAUUAUGUGCGGUUAUGGUGUUCAAGAGCAUUCCGUGGCUGCUGCCAGCAAACGUAUAUGGACCAGUGGUUGCAUUGAGAUUGUUAGAGUUUGGGCAGAGCGCAAUCUAUAUACCAUAGCUGGUAUAGCACUGGGCAUUGCAUUAAUACAAUUAUUUAUAAUAUAUUUGGCUAAAACUUUGGAAGGCCAAAUUGAUCUGCAAAAAUCUCGAUGGACUGCGUGAGUUUGUUAAUUAAGCAAAGAUUGAAUGGUGCGUUGCCAACAUUUUUUUUUUUAAAUAGUAUAUACAUACAUAUAUUUUCAAUAUAUAUUAUUCGUGCUUUCUUAAAAGUCAUUUUGUACGUUUUGUGUGCUCAAAGUUUUUAUAUCAAAGUUUUAAUUGGAAGUGUGUAUAUCUUGCUGUUGACGUUCAAAAAGUAAUAGAUAAUAUCGAAUUUAAAAUGCAUUUAAUAUACGAGUGAUUAUUUAACGACAAAAUCUUAAGAAGUAAUAACAAAUUAUAAUUUUAUUGUAUUCAGCGUACAAAACUGCAUUUGCCGAUUAAACAAUUGCAUAGAUACGUUGUUAUUAAUCGGGAAAUUGUUGGUGCUGUUUGAAAAGCAUUUUUCCAGAACUAAAUUAGUGUAACGAAAAAAAAGACUUGCUCAUCAGUAUUUCAACUACUUUGCCGCACAGUUGGAUGGAAAAGGAUAUUUCAAAAUAAAAAUUAAAGUGUUCGUAUUUAUUUUAACUUCAGAUAAAAGUGUGUUCACAAUAAAAAUGCUCUUCCAGUUCUUCAAUCAAUGAAAGCACAUGUAAUACCUUGGAUGAAUUAAUGAGAUUUUUAAUUAGAUUCGUACAUAAGCUUCGGAAUAAUUUGUCGCAGUUUUUAAGUUAAAAAAUGCAAUAUUAUUUUUAAGUAUUUCUAACUGCUAUUACUAGCGCUGCGUACUGAAAAUGCAGACACCAAAACAUUGCCAUUUGAACAAUUUUAUAAUUAUGUAUUAAAAUUUUAUUAACAAAAGAAAAUAUGACUACCAAAUGUUGAAAUUUAAAAAGUCGAACAAAAAAAAAAUGUGAAAGGAAUCUCAUGUUUUGACUCAACAUUUUUUUCCAACAAGACUUAGAAAUGAGAAGCUAAACAAAUAUUUUAAUAAUAAAUUAUAGAAAAUUGUAUUAACAAAUUCAAGGAAACUAAAAUCUUAACUCCCCAGCAUCACAUACAUAUUUCCAAAAAUUAAAUCUUAUAUACUAUAAAAAAAGCCUAGCUAAGCUGUACUUUAUUUUAUUGAACUACAUUUUGUGUCCGAUUUAUAUAUAUAUCUUUAUUUGACAAAGUAAAUGAACCGAAAAAGACAAUUUGCAUUGUAACCUCCUACAUGCAUACAGUGGUGGCGAACUAAUUAACAACCUCUAUUCCUUCUUUGUACUUUUAUGCUUGUAUAUAUAAUAUUAAAAGAGGUUUAUAGAUGCGGUUUUUUGUUUUUAUUAUGUUGCUUACGCAAAAAAGAGUACAUUUAAUAGAAAAUUCAAUGAUGUUUUAUUUGCUGAAUUUUAAAUCAAAAGAAUCACAUAAGAAAAACAUGUGAGUCACACUGGCGGAGUAAUUAAAACUGAUUAAAAAAUUAUAUAUUUUUCUUUAAAAAGCUUUAAUAUUCCUUUAAUAUUUUGGGGGAAAAUCUUUAAUCUAUUCAAGCUUUACAUUGGAUUGACAUAGAGGUACUUAAUUUUUAGGAUUUUGCCUGAGAUAUCUUUAGUCACUCUCUCUAAUUCCCCCACUUGUGGGUUUUUGUUCCACGAACUAUCCAUCUAAAGUAGGUGUCAGAUGUUUCCAACCGGGGUAAGUUCGGGAAUACAAUGGCAACUAGAAAACAUUAGCACUAUUAAGAGAAAACCAAGUGUCUGGAGAGUGCCGUAUGCUUUGGACAAUUGUCUUGAAAAAAUUUCCGAAUGAAGGUUAUUUCUUUUUCAGCAUAAUACGGCAUUAUAUUUUUCAUCAUUCAUAUCAUCAGACUUCCACCAGUGUGCUUUAAUGUAGGCAAAGUGUAUUUGUGGUGAAAUUCUUUGUUUUUUGGACGCCUGUUAUACUGCCGACCUCUGAACCAAAUCUGUUUAUCACAGUUUGAAACUGUCUGUGAAACUCUCCAAUCCUUAUGGGCCAUGUGAUCUCUGGCGCUUAGGUGCUAUUUGCUUAACAACAAUUUCCGCCUUCCAAAUCUUUUAUAAAGUUAAUUUUCGCAUAAUCUUCCUCGAAUCGAUCGCGUUGAUAAAGGUUUUGGAGCG